AUGGCUCCCGUACGAACGAAAAAGAGAGCCUCGGGCGAAUCCCAAUCGCGUGUCAUGACGGUUCCCACCAAGACAGUUACCGAACGUGCGCGACGGCUCAGGGCGCAAUACAAUCUCCAGGCCCAGGGGCUUCGAUCGAGGGUCGAGAUUCGUGUUAACCGCAUCCCAAUCUCCCUCCGGAAGAUGACGAUGGGCGACCUUGUCGCGAAAUUCGAGCAGCAACAGCAACGAACCGCAGCCCUGACGCGGGCACCUCCGGUCCCGGCAAAGGACGCCCCCUCGAGGCUCAGCCCACAAAAGUCGAACCAGUCCUUGGCGUAUCCAUCCUACAAGCCGAUCCACGGAUACAAACGCACGAGCGUUGAAUAUACUGGCCCAGACAAGGAGAAUGAGCUCGGUAUCGAAAAUCCGAAGAAGAGGGCUCGGGGUGCUAACGUAACGGCGGCCGAGCAGGCACAGAUCCUGUCACCCACAUCAUCCAACUCCAGACUUACCCCCAGGAAAGCCGCCCCUGCUUCACCUUCCAAGUCCCUCAUCGCGCGGCCGGCGUCCCCGACGAAACCCACGACGGUGCAACGCGGCGCUGGUCUGCUCUCGAGCAUGGUGGAAAAGGCAAAAGCGACGCGCGCCGCCGGUGUUCGCAAGGCCACGACGACCUCCACCAUUAGCUCUAGCUCCAGUUCUGCAGCGGCGUCAUCGUCGGCUGCGGGAACCACGCGAGGCCGGAAGGCCGGGACCACAACGGGAAGUGAGGAAGACGGCCACAGCAACGACCACAAGCAAGAGGGCCGCGACUGGCGCAGCCGCUGCGAAACGAACAACAGCGUCAAGGACGACCACGGCAUCGGCUCCUGCAACGACCCGCGUGCUUAG